GGAGCUGAGCGGCGGCGGGGGCUGGGCGGGGCGGCUCAUGCCGGCUCCCGGGGCGGUAUAAAGCGGCAGCCACGCGGAGGCUCCUCCUCCUGCGAUCGGUGCCGCUGCCGCUUCUCCCCCUCGGGCUCAGGAUAAGGAUUAUGAUUCUCAAGUGUCUUGUUUCUAAACGAGUUUCUAUGGAAAACCAGGGGGAUCAGAUAGUCGUUGCACUAAGCAAAUUUGACGAGCGGGACACCUUUAGAGAAUCCUGAUCGGACAGAAAGUCGUCCUGAAUUACUUGACUAAGACUGGGGCAGAGUCCGUUUGUCUUGCCCUUCACUACAUCGGAACGCAACUUGCCUCCUUUCCACUCCUCGUGCAUCACUUGGCGUCUCCAGAGCCACUCAGAAGCUUGCAGAAUGGUUGGAUUCAAGCCCACCGAUGUCCCCCCAACAGCCACGGUGAAGUUUCUAGGGGCUGGGACAGCCGCGUGCAUCGCAGAUCUGAUCACCUUCCCCCUGGACACUGCCAAAGUCCGACUGCAGAUCCAAGGAGAGACCAAGUCAGCAGCUAACACAAAAGCUGCUCAGUACAAAGGUGUCUUUGGCACCAUUGCCACCAUGGUGAAGACGGAAGGUCCCACGAGCCUGUACAACGGCCUGGUGGCUGGGCUCCAGCGUCAGAUGAGCUUCGCGUCAGUCCGUAUCGGGCUGUAUGACUCGGUGAAGCAGUUCUACACCAGGGGAUCAGAGCGUGCCGGCAUCGGUAGCCGCCUCCUGGCUGGCUGUACCACCGGAGCGAUGGCUGUGGCCGUUGCCCAGCCAACGGACGUGGUGAAAGUGCGGUUCCAGGCCCAGGCCCGAGUGGAGGGUGGCAGGCGAUACCAGGGGACUAUGGAUGCCUAUAAGACCAUUGCCAAGGAGGAGGGACUCAAAGGGCUGUGGAAAGGAACAUCCCCCAACGUGGCCCGUAACGCGAUUGUGAAUUGCACGGAAUUGGUGACCUAUGACCUGAUCAAGGACAUGCUGCUCAAAUACAACCUCAUGACUGAUAACCUCCCGUGUCACUUCACCUCUGCCUUCGGGGCUGGCUUCUGCACCACGCUCAUUGCUUCCCCCGUCGAUGUAGUGAAGACCAGAUACAUGAACUCUGCCCCCGGCCACUAUGGAAGUGCCGUCAGCUGUGCCCUCACCAUGCUGAGGAAGGAGGGGCCCAUGGCUUUCUACAAGGGGUUCAUGCCCUCGUUCCUGCGGCUGGGAUCCUGGAACGUGGUGAUGUUUGUGACCUACGAGCAGCUGAAACGCGCUAUGAUGGCUGCCCGUGGCUCCUGGGAGGCCCCUUUCUGAGCCUGCCACGUCUGCAAACUGCACCCACGGCAGGAGCCCUCGCUAGCACGGACUGUCCUGUCUGCGCUCAGAGAGUCUGGCCUCUUCCACGCUGCCUCCAGCCACAAACAUGUCGGCCUCUAGGCUCUGAGCUCUUUAUUUCUGCUCAUCUUCUGGAACAAAGCUGGGCCUGUAGCUGUAAUCCCCUGGGAGUGUUGACCCUUUAAAUUGGGGUUUUGUUUUUAAUGGCAAGUUUGCUUCUUCCAAGUGUACCAUUUCUCUUUCCCCCUCCCCCGCCCCCAUGCCAAGAUCUGAUGGACCUAGGCUGAUGAGACCCUCUGAGCUGUAGUGCAAGAGACAGGAAUUGGAGUUAGCACCUGGGACGUGGCAGUAAAAUCCCUCAAUCAGGGAGUGAGAUCCUUCCCUGAUGGCAACCUUCAGUUGGAUCAUUCCAAGGGCUAAUCACUAGAGCCAACGUGUUCAGCCUUGUGGGCUUGGCCUGGACAUUAUGCUGCCUUACUCUGUAUUUCGGUGACUAACUAAGUGCUUGACUUUCCCAGCUGCAGAGCUCUCGACUCCCAUCAGCUCAGCAGAAGGGGCAGAUUCUUGGUGCCUUUGGAAGGCCAAGCCACUUAUUUGCAUGCCUGAAUACGGAUUAGGGGACCUGACUUCUAGGCACCAACACUUUAAAUGCUGCCUAGAGCUUUAUGGAGCAGCUGUUCCCAGGUCUAGACAAGGAGUAAGAAUUCUAGUGCAGUGAUGCUGGGAAAUUGGGGAGGGUGGUGUAGUAAGUGAAGACCCUGAUAAAGGUCCAGUAUGAGGCCUGAACUAGAGUAAUGGUCAAGACUUUGCUAACAUAAAGCAAAGUUAAGCUGUGAGCCAGAGGCAGGCCCUGCUCACAGAAGCUGGCAAGGAAAGGGCUGAUGUUGCAUAAAUAUA